GAGAGAGAGAGAGAGAGAGAGAGAGAGAGAAUGUAUGUAUUUUUCUCUGCGGUCGUAAUAUUGUUUACAGGCUGUAAAUGAAUCAUAUAUUUCUGGUAUAUUUCAAUGAUAUUUGCGCAUAAUGGACGCGUUUUGUUUAUCCCCGUGGUCGUGGAUAUUGUGUUAUUUUGUGUCGAUGGUGGGAAACAGAUCGGCCAGAGCCAUGCUGAAUGACAUUGGUGACUAUGUAGGCACAGACAUUGAAAUAUCCUGGUUGCCUAAUCUGGAUGAUCUAAUGAAAGGCUAUGCUCGAAACUUUCGGCCAGGGAUUGGAGGACCACCUGUGAAUGUUGCCAUGGCUGUUGAAGUUGCCAGUAUUGACCACAUCUCAGAAGCCAACAUGGAAUACACCAUGACCGUGUUUCUACGACAGAGCUGGAGAGACGAUCGUCUGUCAUACAACCACACAAAUAAAACUCUGGGUCUGGACAGUCGCUUUGUAGACAAACUCUGGGUACCAGACACAUUCAUUGUGAAUGCAAAAUCAGCCUGGUUUCAUGAUGUUACAGUGGAGAACAAACUCAUUCGCUUGCAGCCUGAUGGAGUCAUUCUGUACAGCAGCCGAAUUACAUCUACAGUGGCCUGUGACAUGGACCUUACCAAAUACCCUAUGGAUGAACAGGAAUGCAUGUUGGACCUGGAAAGCUAUGGUUACUCUUCAGAGGAUAUUGUCUAUCACUGGUCAGACAGUCAGACACAAAUCCACGGACUGGACAAACUGGAGCUGUCUCAGUUUACCAUCACAGAUUAUCGCUUUGUUACAGAAAUGAUGAACUUUAAAUCUGCGGGCCGAUUUCCACGACUCAGCUUACGUUUCAGCUUACGACGUAAUCGAGGAGUUUACAUCAUCCAGUCUUACAUGCCCUCCAUCCUAUUGGUUGCCAUGUCGUGGGUUUCCUUCUGGAUCAGCCAAUCGGCUGUGCCUGCAAGGGUGUCUUUAGGGAUCACCACAGUGCUCACUAUGACCACAUUGAUGGUUAGCGCUCGCUCAUCGUUGCCCCGUGCAUCCGCCAUCAAAGCUCUGGACGUGUAUUUCUGGAUCUGCUACGUCUUUGUGUUCGCUGCCUUGAUUGAAUACGCGUUUGCUCACUACAAUGCAGACUACAGCAAGAAGGAGAAAGCCAAAGUCAAGACAAACAAGAAACCAGAGUCUAUGGUGAAGAAUGGAAAGCAGGCCAUGGUUCUGUUCUCCCUCUCUAUGGCUGGCAUGAAUCAGGGUCUCCUCAUCUCAAAGAGACAGAGCCGAACCCAGCGCUCCACUGAACCUCCUUCUAAUCUACAGGAGGACAGCGAAGUUCGUGGCACUCAGUCACGUCGAGUGCAGAAGGAAAGCAACGAAGAAAAGAAAUGCUGUAAAUGCAGACCCAUCGAUGCCGACACCAUUGACAUCUACGCUCGCGCCGUCUUCCCUUUCACCUUUGCUGUGGUUAAUGUCAUCUACUGGGUGGCGUACACUAUGUAAUGAGUUAUUAAGUUCUGCAUGUAUAUACAUCAAUAAACUUGAUGUGUCACCAAAUCAAGAGAUUAUAAUACAGAAAUAUCUACAUAUUGACACUAUAUUAUUUAUUAAACUAUUAAAUGCACUGUUGUAAUAUAGGUUUGAAUAUGUUAAAUAGGUUGUGUUUAUAUUUUUGGGGGAAGACUGAAACAUAUUUGCACUGAUAUUCAUGUUUUCCUUUAUUAUGCUCUACAUCUGCUCUUAGUUGUCAUUUAAUCUCAGUAUAUCUUCUCUUUCCUUAUAUUUGCAUCAGAUUAGUUUCUCUGUGCUGGUAUAAAUGAGCGCUGUUGAAAUAAAGUUGAAUUUUGAAUGA